AUCCUCUGCCUUCCACUCAUCCAUCUCCCCUAUCUUCUUCUUCUUCUUCCUCCUUAACCUCCCCUUCUUCUUCUUCCACACAGCUCAGUCAGUCCCAGCUGCUUCUUGAUCCCUCUUCCUCACUCACCGCCGCCAUGGCCGCCGUCACGGCCGCCGCUGUCUCCCUCCGCUCCUCAACUACCACGCCCUCCUGCUCCUCCAAGGCCGCCGCCGCCUCGCCGUCUCACUCCCACUGCGGCUUCCCAAGAACCGCCGCCGCUGGCCGCCGCCAUGGCCUGCGAAUCAGGGCGCAGGCGGUCUCCACGGACGCAUCCGCGCCGCCGGAACCGGUGAAGGAGAAGAAGGUGUCGAAGAAGCAGGAGGAAGGCGUGGUGACGAACAAGUACCGGCCCAAGGAGCCGUACGUGGGCAAGUGCCUGCUCAACACCAAGAUCACGGCGGACGACGCGCCGGGGGAGACGUGGCACAUGGUGUUCGCCACCGACGGCGAGGUGCCCUACAAGGAAGGCCAGUCCAUCGGCGUCGUCGCCGACGGGCUCGACAAGAACGGCAAGCCCCACAAGCUCAGGCUCUACUCCAUCGCCUCCAGCGCCCUCGGCGACUUCGGCGACUCAAAGACCGUCUCGCUGUGCGUCAAGCGGCUCGUUUACACCAACGAUCAGGGGGAGGUCGUCAAGGGCGUCUGCUCCAAUUUCUUAUGCGACCUGAAGCCUGGCGCUGAUGUCAACAUAACAGGACCUGUAGGCAAAGAAAUGCUCAUGCCCAAAGACCCUAAUGCUACUAUUAUCAUGCUUGCGACAGGGACCGGUAUUGCGCCGUUCCGGUCUUUCUUGUGGAAGAUGUUCUUUGAGAAGUAUGAGGACUACAAGUUCAAUGGCCUGGGAUGGCUCUUCUUGGGAGUCCCAACCAGCAGUUCUUUGCUCUACAAGGAGGAGUUCGGCAAGAUGAAGGCUAAGGCGCCGGAGAACUUCCGGGUCGACUACGCCAUCAGCAGAGAGGAGACCAACGCCGAAGGGCAGAAGAUGUACAUUCAGACAAAGAUGGCCGAGUACAAGGAUGAGCUGUGGGAGCUUCUGAAGAAGGACAACACCUAUGUCUACAUGUGUGGACUAAAAGGCAUGGAGAAGGGUAUCGAUGAAAUCAUGAUACCAUUGGCUGCAAAAGAAGGAAUCGACUGGUUGGAUUACAGGAAGCAACUGAAGAAGAGCGAGCAAUGGAACGUCGAAGUCUACUAAUUCUUGUGAUCUUAUUCCCAAUAUUUUCCUGUGCAUAUGUUGCGCAUGCCUAUUCGUGCGAUCAAGAUGUAACGUAUAUAAAGUAGAUAAAGGUGUACCUCUGGUAUUUCUGUCAUGUUGGUUUAUUCCAAGUUUCAUAUAUACACUACUACUUCUGUCAGUUGAUUGGUCAGCAAAAUAAAAAGAACUAUUCAUGUCU